AUGGCUCAUAGGGCGUUUGUACAAGUUAUCAUCACCGGUGCACAAGUGUUUGGAAGAGCAUUUGGAGAAGCUUAUAGACAGGCUGCUUCACAAUCUGUGAAACAAGGUGCCACAGAGACUACUAGGGGUCGUGGACGUUCUGCAAAAGAGGAAUAUGGUGGUAUUACACUGGAUGAGAGUUGUAAGAUUUUAAAUAUUGAACCAUCUAAAGCUAAGGAUUAUUUAAAUCUAGAUAAAGUGAACAGCAGAUUUGAUUACUUGUUCAACAUUAAUGAUAAGGAGAAGGGUGGGAGUUUUUAUUUGCAAAGUAAGAUAUAUAGAGCUGCUGAGAGGUUGAAAUGGGAGAUUAAAGAAAGAGAGAAAGAAGCUAAUAUAGAAAAAGAAGAAGCAUCAGCAUCAACUUCACCUCCACCACAUGAAGGUUCGAAGGACAAUAAUAAAUCUUAA